AGUGGUACAUGGUUUUCGACUUCUUCAGCACAUUCGAUCAUUGUGAUCGUUUAGCAAUUCUUCUUUUCUCUUCUUCUCCGAUAUAUAUAUAGAAUGCUUGCUUUCAACAUCCGCCGAAAAGCUGGAUUUUGCACAGAGGCGUUUGCUUUAUCAUCUUCUUUUUUCGUCUUCAAGUUUUCCAGGAGAAACAAAAUUAUGCAAUUUUUUUUGGCUUAUCAUUCUUAUUUGUACUAUUUUAUCAUCAUCUUUGCACGGCACAAGUCAACUUUUGUACUUGCCUCUUUUUUCCCUUAUUUACCCUACCUCUUUGGGAUUUUAAUUUAUCAUACAGACAAGGUUGUUUUGAUUCUAUUGUUUAUUGGCUGCUGAUUAUCAUCAUUUGAGAGUGAGCCGCAAAGAAAGCAUGCGGAAGGUACCCAAUCAGAUUAUGUUUUAGG